UACUCUAUACCCUGCAAGACCAAAAACCGAGCCCGAAAACAAUUCCCAAAUAUUGUAAAUUAUCAUGUAUGAUGUCUUCUCUCGGCAGGGGCUCUGUUGGACAAGGGAAGAAAAAGGUUCAGAUUUCGUUUAUCAUAAGAGAUGAAGUUGAAAAAUACAAUCGAUCAGGAGUUAAUGCUAUUCAACAUGAUCCAGAUUUGAAAAGGCUCUAUUCGGCUGGAAGAGAUUCCAUUAUACGAAUAUGGGAUACCCGUACAAAAAAGGAUCCGUAUCAGAAAUCAAUGGAGCACCAUAUUGACUGGGUCAAUGAUAUAGUACUAUGUUGUCGAGGAAGAAUAAUGUUAUCUGCUUCUAGCGACAGUACAAUUAAAGUCUGGAAUGCUCAUGAAGGAACAUGUAUGGCUACAUUACGUCCCCACAGGGAUUAUGUUAAAUGUCUAGCAUAUGCCAAGGACGUUGAGGUGGUAGCAUCUGCAGGCUUAGACAAGACGAUAUAUUUGUGGGAUGUGGAAGAAUUGGCAGCCCUUACCUCCACCAAUAACAAUGUCAAAGAGUCCAAAGUCCAUGAGAAGUCUUCUAUCUACAGUUUAGCCAUCAAUCCCCCUGGGACGAUUCUAGCCUGUGGAUCCACUGAGAAAGCAGUGGGGGUGUACUCGGUGGGAGUAAUGGAUACAAGGGGUCCCCAGGAUAUAAUGCGGCUGAAAGGACACACUGAUAAUGUCAGGGCUCUAGUGUUGAAUAGGGAUGGAACACAGUGUUUGUCUGGUAGUUCUGACGGAACAAUACGCCUGUGGUCCCUGGGACAGCAGAGGUGUGUGGCCACGUACCGUGUCCAUGAUGACAGUGUGUGGGCGUUACAGGCCAAUGAAUCUUUUACCACGGUCUACUCAGGGGGGCGAGACAGGAGGGUCUGGGCCACAGACCUACUGAAUCCCGACUACAGAACUCUUAUAUGUGAGGAAAAAUCACCCAUAUUGAAGCUGGAACUUGUGAAAGGGGACACAGACUAUGACUCCAUGUGGGUGGCCACUACAGACUCCACCAUCAAAAACUGGUCCUUGAAGAAUAUACAGAAAAGACUGUCAGGGGAAUAUGACAAUGAAAAUAUCAAACCAGUGUAUACACAGCCCAACUCUACAAUCAAAGGUGGUUCCAGCAUCAGACAGUACCAUGUAUUAAAUGACAAAUGUCACAUCCUGACCAAAGACACCGAGAACAAUGUAGCACUAUGGAACGUCCUCAGUGCCCAGCUGAUUGAGAAAUUGGGAAAGGUCAGCUUUGAAGAGGAGAUAAAGAAACGGUUCAAGAUGGUCCACGUCCCUCAUUGGUUUACAGUAGAUCUAAAAAUAGGGUUAUUAACAAUACAUUUAGAUGAAUCAGAUGUUUUUUCUGCCUGGGUGUCAUCCAUAAGAGACCUUGGCAUAAAUCCACCAUCUGAGUGGGAAGAUUGCAAAAUAAACCUAGGCCAACAACUUUUACGAGCCCUGUUUGAGCACUGGCCAAAGUCUCACAUGUACGAGAACCAAGAUGGGAUGAGGGAGAUGGCUGAUCCUCUACUGUUUUCAGUACCGGAGCACACACCCAUUCUAAUCAAUACAUGUGACGACGGACAUGGUCGAGCACAUUUCCAUCCUUUCCUAUGCAGGGAUGCAGACAAAGAGACCCAACAGAAAUGUCUCAACGAAGAAGUCCCUUCCUGGGCAGCUGAAGUUCUUGCUCAUAAAAACAUGUCCCAAACUGUGACCAAAAUUGCAUUCUUUCUUCUACAAUAUCCAAAUAGUGGGAUCAAAACAGCACCAAAGGACCGUCUAUCAGCCAGUGAUAUGAUACAGGUGAGGAAGGUGAUAGAACAUGUGUAUGAGAAGGUUUUACGGCAGGGAGUCGAAAACGGGCACCAGUCAGGUGAAAGUGGCGACCACGAAAAAGAGGCUCAGGACAUCAGUAAACUUGCUGCGGAAAAAGUGGAACUUCUUUGUAACGACCAGGUUCUUGAUGCAAACAUGGACCUUAGAACUGUCAAACAUUUCAUUUGGAAACAAAGUGGAGACCUGACUUUACAUUACAGACUACUCAACAGGUGAUUGUAUAAGUGUUAUAGGAGAUGGACCUACCAGUUUUACAAACACUACGUCGGGCGACACUGUACCAAGGUUUUGCACCCGUUCAUGACCUCUGUGUCAAGGGUCAAGGGACCACAUUUGGAGAUGUGCAAACUUGAAGAAAAUUUUUUUUAAAUAUUUUUUUCAAUGACACUGUUUUAAGUUGUUUUGUCUCGACACACAGAACCAAAUUUUGUUGUAAAUGUGGAACGGCCUGACCUAAUGUGGUUGUGAAAGCCAUGCAAGGUGACAUAUUUGCACCUUUGGUAACAGCAAUCAUUCAUACACCCCUCAUCAAGUUGGAGAGGUACCGAGGAAUGUACGUCCAUUUUCUUGUUGGCCUGUCUGUGAAAGUGUGUGUUUUGUAACUUUAAAAUUGUUGGUUAAAAUACUGAUAUUAGUCUAUAUCUGUUGUAAAUUUUAACCAUUUGUCGAAAGUUACAAGAUUGUAUGUACAAUUGUCAAAAUCCAUGGUCAAGAUCAUCACUUUUCAACUCAGAAAAUCAGCAAGGAUUUAUUAUUGAAAAAAGAAUGACUUUGAUUAAUGAUUAGUGGUUAAAGUUCAAGGUCAGAAUAAAGUCAAUUAAGAAGCGUUCAUGGCCUUAUGAUAGUCAGGUGCCAGUAACCAUGGUACUAAGUAUACAUGUUGUCUCUUGCCUUAAGAUACGCUGUGACCUUGGGGACCAUUUUGUGUACCAUACAAGCCUAGGUUACCAUAUCUAAAGAUGCAGUAAAAUUUAUCUUGUCAAAACUAGCAAGGUAUUUAAACAUGGUCAUUUGGUAGAGUUGAAAUUUUGACGUUGUGAAUUUAAGGGUUUAUCUGAUCAAAGGGUGUGUUGUGAUCUCCAUACAAAACCAUUUGGUCAGUGGUGCUUUGUCUACAUCAGAUGUUACUUCCUCUGCUUUAUAGAACAGCCUAUUGAAGGUUAAAGUCUCCAGGAGACAGCUCUAGUUUUACUUUGUUAUCACACAUCACACGUGUUGAAAUAGAAUCUGCUUGCAUCUAUAAGCAGGGCAGAUUUUUACAUCUUUGACUUUGUUAUUCUAUUUUUCAUUAUUGAACUUCAGUAAGAUUUAAACAGAAGAAAAUGAAUAUUUACAUGUAUGUACACUGCAUGUUCUGAUAAUGGCAUGAUAUUGUUAUCUGAAUAAUAAAAGAUAGUUAAACCAGU